GCUCAUCAGAGUGCGGCUAUGGGGAAUGUGAUAUGGGGCCAGGAAGCUGAGAACAAAACAAAUACAAGCUACCAUGACAGUGCAUUAAAGGGUAAAGCUUCAAUCUUUUUUGAGAUAUUAAGCAGUUAUUUGCCAUUUCUUUGUGAUACUGCAGUUUGUGAUACUGCAAUGUGUUGAGGCUGUACAAAAUAUAUGAUGUUCACACAGCUUCAAAAGCUGACUCAAGGACUUUUUAGUCGACACACUCUUUACCCAAGUGUCUAAAUGUUUCAUACCAUUCAUUUGAAUUAGAAGUUACAUUAAGACAGUUGUUUCCUAUAUUUCAGAACGUGUAUAGGCAAAUUGUGUCUCUGUGUUAACGUCUAUCUAAUUGGGUAACACUGGCGGUUCUUCAGCAGGAGAAGAAGUCACGCUUGUCGUUCUCCAUGACUAUCCUUCUCCAGACAUCAGUGAGCCGAUCUUCAGAAUGGGGGAGAAGCUGAGGGUCUUGUCUCAGUAAGUAGAGUCAGUACUUUGUCUGUCUGUUAAGGUAAUUACAAACCCGUAGUCUCUGCACUAGGGUUGCAAAGGGAGGGUAUCAAAUAUACAGUCCCAAUCAAAAGUGUGGACACACCUACUCAUUCAAGGGUUUUUCUUUAUUUUUUACUAUUUAUUACAUCGUAAAAUAAUAGUGAAGACAUCAAAACUAUGAAAUAACACAUAAGGAAUAAUGUAGUAACCAAAAAAGUGUUAAACAAAUCAAAAUAUAUUUUAUAUUUCAGAUUCCUCAAAUAGCCACCCUUUGCCUUGAUGACAGAUUUGCACAUUCUUGGUAUUCUCUCAACCAGCUUCACCUAGAAUGCUUUUCCAACAGUCUUGAAGGAGUUCCCACAUAUGCUGAGCAUUUGUUGGCUGCUUUUCCUUCACUCUGCCAUCCGACUCAUCCCAAACCAUCUCAACUGGGUUAAGAUCGGUGGAUUGUGGAGGCCAGGUCAUCUGAUGUAGCACUCCAUCGCUCUCCUUCUUGGUAAAAUAAGCUUUACACAGCCUGGAGGUGUUUUGGGUCAUUGUCCUGUUGAAAAACAAAUUAUAGUCCCACUAAGCCCAAACCAGAUGGGAUGGUGUAUCGCUGCAGAAUGCUGUGGUAGCCAUGCUGGUUAAUGUCCAUUGCUCGUGUUUCUUGGCCCAAGCAGGUUUCUUCUUAUUAUUGGUGUCCUUUAAUAGUGGUUUCUUUGCAGCAAUUUGACCAUGAAGGCCUGAUUCACACAGUCCCCUCUGAACAGUUGAUGUUGAGAUGUGUCUGUUACUUGAACUCUGUGAAGCAUUUAUUUGUAAUAAAGGGGAGUAUAUAUAUACAAAAAAAAAAAAAAUAACAUGGGGGAUUGGAAGUGAUGCAGACAAUUACAUUGAUAGAAGAUACAAUCUAUCUGCAAUAUUAAGCUGAUCCAUUCCCCCCCCCCCAAAAAAAAUAAAAUAAUAUUUAAAAAAGACAAAAAAAAUAAAACAAAAGUAAAUAACAUUGUUGUUUAAUAUGAAGGUUUUAGCAUGAAAUAUCCUUUAUUUCUUUCUUUACACUUUUAUUUAUUUUACUAUGUCAAUAUGUCUUUGUUUUAAAUGUUUUGGCACCAAACUGGGGGCAGUUGUGAAAAAAGUCAAUAGUUGGAAGAGUUGCUGAGUUAAUAAAAACAAUGCCAUUGUUGAUUAGAUGCUUUCUUCAUUAAUUAUGAUAUUUGAACCAUAUGGUCUAUACAUCCACUAGAAACACAUGGACAAUAUGGACAUAUAUAAAAAACGUAUACUAUAUACAGUAUGAAUAUAUAUUUAAAAAAGUUAUUUGAGUAUGAAUUACCAUAGAUUACAGUUACUUUGGUAAAUUACCGGUAGUUUUGCAACCCUACCUUGCACAUACUGUACAUGUACUAAAAGCUACCUAGGGCAGAAAUUGAUAGAUGCACAGUUACAGAUAUAGAUACCGAGAUGACAAAAGAGGACAGCCACAGUGCUUUCCAAAACAAAAUGCAAUGCUCUGCAUACAGUAGAACAACAAAGCAUGCAAUAAUACAAAACAACACUACACAAUCUCUAACAUUUUGCACACAACAAAUAAUGAACACAUUGGGAUGAAUCCGAUGCAUAACACUUAACACUUAUACAAAUAGGGGGGGGAACUACAAUUUCAGAUUUUGUUUCCGUUACAGUGUAGCCUAUUGAAGGUCUCCUUUAAUCUGUGUUCUUCAGGGAAGGCAACUGGUGGAGAGUCCGGUCUGUCCAAUCAGGAAGUGAGAACUACAUCCCUAAUAACCACAUCACCAAAGUCUACCAUGGGUAAGCAAUGUAAAAAAUGAUGUUCUAUAUUGUCAUAAUUAAAGGCUGUGUUGACUUGGUUCUGUACAGUGAUAUAAUGUACUGUAUACCGUCACCGUGUGUGUAUGUGUGGGUGUGUGUGUGUGCUGUUUUAAGAUGGCUGUUUGAGGGAGUGGUGAGGCAGAAGGCAGAGGAACUACUUAGUCUCCCUGAAAACAGAGUGGGUUCCUUCAUGGUCAGAGAGAGCACCAAGCAGAGAGGUGAGUCCAUUAACUUUUAAAGCCCUACCAAGUUAUUCCUUAAGAGUCUAAGCUUGUUGGGUAUUUUUUUGAUACCCCUUUAGGUGUAAAUAUAUAUAUAUAUACAAAUUAUUGGAUGAAACAUUGAAUUUGGCCUUACUGCUAUUAGCCCAUAGAAACGCAUUGAAUAACAGAUUCAUACAUGGAAAAACAGAUAGUAAAAACAUUAAUCAAAAGGAAGCUUGUUUUAUAGAGUCUGUCCUAUAUCUGAGAUAUACACAGUACCAGUCAAAAGUUUGGACACACCUACUCAUUCAAGGGUUUUUCUUUAUUUUUACUAUUUUCUACAUUGCAGAAUAAUAGUGAAGAUAUCAAAACUAUGAAAUAGCACAUAUGGAAUCAUGUAGUAACCAAAAAAGUGUUAAACAAAUCAAAAUAUAUUUUAGAUUUGAGAUUCUUCAAAUAGCCACCCUUUGCCUUGAUGACAGCUUUGCACAUUCUUGGGAUUCUCUCAACCAGCUUCACCUGGAAUGCUUUUCCAACAGUUUUGAAGGAGUUCCCACAUAUGCUGAGCACUUGUUAGCUGCUUUUCCUUCACUCUGCCGUCCGACUCAUCCCAAACCAUCUCAACUGGGUUGAGGUCGGGGGAUUGUGGAGGCCAGGCCAUCUGAUGCAGCACUCCAUCACUCUCCUUCUUGGUAAAAUAGCCCUUACACAGCCUGGAGGUGUGUUGGGUCAUUGUCCUGUUGAAAAACAAAUGAUAGUCCCACUAAGCCCAAACCACAUGGGAUGGCAUAUCGCUGUAGAAUGCUGUGGUAGCCAUGCUGGUUAAGUGUGCCUUGAAUUCUAAAUAAAUCACAGACAGUGUCACCAGCAAAGCACCCCCACACCAUAACACCUCCUCCUCCAUGCUUUAUGGUGGGAACUACACAUGUGGAGAUCAUCCAUUCACCCACACCGCGUCCCACAAAGACAUGGCGGUUGGAACCAACAAUCUCAAAUUUGGACUCCAGGGACAAAUUUCCACCUGUCUAAUGUCCAUUGCUCGUGUUUCUUGGCCCAAGCAAGUCCCUUCUUCUUAUUGGCAUCCUUUAGUAGUGGUUUCUUUGCAGCAAUUCGACAAUGAAGGCCUGAUUCACACAGUCCCCUCUGAACAGUUGAUGUUGAGAUGUGUCUGUGACUUCAAUUCUGUGAAGCAUUUAUUUGGGCUGCAAUUUCUGAGAUUGGUAACUCUAAUGAACUUAUCCUCUGCAGCAGAGGUAACUCUGGGUCUUCCAUUCCUGUGGUGGUCCUCAUGAGAGCCAGUUUCAUCAUAGCGCUUGAUGGUUUUUGGUACUGCACUUGAAGAAACGUUCAAAGUUCUUGAAAUGUUCUGUAUUGGCUGAUCUUCAUGUCUUAAAGUAAUGAUGGACUGUCGUUUCUCUUUGCAUAUUUUAGCUAUUCUUGACAUAAUAUGGACUUGAUCUUUUACUAAAUAGAGCUAUCUUCUGUAUACCCCCCCUACCUUGUCACAACACAACUGAUUGGCUCAAACGGUUACUACAUGAUUCAAUAAGCUAUUAUUCUACAAUGUAAAAAUAGUAAAAAGAAAGAAAAUCCCUUGAAUGAGUAGGUGUGUUCAAACUUUUGACUGGUAGAGUAUAUAUAUAUAUAUAGCGGUAAUAAUACAUUUUUAUUACCUAUAUUUAAAGGUGCAAUAUGCAGAAAUCACUUCGCCAUUUCCUGGUGGCUAAAAUUAUAGUAGUUCACCUCAUUUUAGUUUAUGUAGAAAAUCAUUGUACCAUGCAAACCGCUGUGAAAUAUAUUUUCAAUAACCAAAGAUAUUGUAUUUUCAACUGUUUGAAGCUGGUGUACAAAACCGAAUGCAAAAGACGCAAAAACAAAACUUAAGAACGGGAAGCAUAGAAAUAGCGCGCGUAGAUCUUGCUUCUUAGACUUGCUUUCAAUAAGAAUGAUAGCUCUAUAACUCACUAUAGUCGGGUCACCCAAAAAGUUUUGGGGGCACUAAACUACUUCCAUAUCUACAGUGCCUUCAGAAAGUAUUCAUACCCCUUGACUUAUUCCACAUUUUGUUGUGUUACAGCCUGAAUUCAAAAUGGAUUCAAUUGAUUUUACACACAAUACCCCACAAACGUACCUGGCGCCGACGAAGAUGGCGGCCUCUUUGCUGUAUUUUGUUUUUUUUAUGUAUUAUUUUUUACAUUAUUAGCUCAGAAAGUGAAUCAUUACAUACAGCCGAGAAAAACUAUUGGAUAUCAGAGCGGCGGUAACUCACCAGCAUUACGAUCAGGAAUACGACUUUCCCGAAGCAGAUCCUUUGUUUGAUCUCCCCAGGGCAACUGAACUGAUUCCAGCGGCUGACCCAAAACAUCGCCAGGCGGAGGAGAGGCACUCGGAGCGGCCUGCUGGUUCGAAUUAGGAGGUGCGCACACCACCCACCGCUCCCAAGUAUUCUACUCGCUAAUCUUCAAUCUCUGGUUAACAAAGUUGACGAACUACGGGCAAAAAUGUCUUUCCAGAGAGACAUCCAGGCCUGUAACAUACUUUCACGGAAACAUGGCUCUCUUGGGAUAUUCUGUCGGAAUCGGUCCAGCCAGAUUGGUUCUCAGUUCAUCGCGCAGACAGGAAUAAAUAUCUCUCCGGGAAGCAGAAGGGCGGAGGUGUGCGUUUCAUGAUUAAUGACUCAUGGUGUAAUUGUAGUAACAUAGAGGAACUCGAGUCCUUCUGUUCACCCGACCUAGAAUUUCUCACAAUCAAAUGCCGACCGUAUUAUCUCCCAAGAGAAUUCUCUUCGGUUAUAGUCACGGCCGUGUAUAUCACCCCUCAAGCCGAUACCACGACGGCCCUCAAAGAACUUCACUGGACCUCAUGCAAACUGGAAACCACAUAUCCUGAGGCUGCAUUUAUUGUAGCCGGGGAUUUUAACAAAGCAAAUUUGAGGACUAGGCUGCCGAAGUUCUAUCAACAUCAAAUCAAAUCAAAUCAAAUCAAAUUUUAUUGGUCACAUGCGCCGAAUACAACAGGUGCAGACAUUACAGUGAAAUGCUUACUUACAGCCCUUAACCAACAGUGCAUUUAUUUUAAACAAAAAAGUAAGAAUAAAACAACAACAAAAAAGUGUUGAGAAAAAAAGAGCAGAAGUAAAAUAAAGUGACAGUAGGGAGGCUAUAUAUACAGUAAAAUAAAGUGACAGUAGGGAGGCUAUAUAUACAGGGGGGUACCGUUGCAUUGUCAAUGUGCGGGGGCACCGGCUAGUUGAGGUAGUUGAGGUAAUAUGUACAUGUGGGUAGAGUUAAAGUGACUAUGCAUAAAUACUUAACAGAGUAGCAGCAGCGUAAAAAGGAUGGGGUGGGGGGGCAGUGCAAAUAGUCCGGGUAGCCAUGAUUAGCUGUUCAGGAGUCUUAUGGCUUGGGGGUAGAAGCUGUUGAGAAGUCUUUUGGACCUAGACUUGGCACUCCGGUACCGCUUGCCGUGCGGUAGCAGAGAGAACAGUCUAUGACUAGGGUGGCUGGAGUCUUUGACAAUUUUGAGGGCCUUCCUCUGACACCGCCUGGUAUAGAGUACAACAUAUCGACUGUUGUACUCGCUCUCCUAAAAUCCUCGAACAUUGCUAUUCAAACUUCCGGGAUGGUUAUAAGGCCCUCCCCCGCCCUCCUUUCUGCAAAUCUGACCACGACUCAAUUUUGCUUCUCCCUUCCUAUAGGCAGAAACUCGAACAGGAAGUACCUGUGCUAAGGACUAUUCAACGCUGGUCUGACCAAUCGGAAUCCACGCUUCAAGAUUGUUUUGAUCACGCGGACUGGGAUAUGUUCCGGGUAGCUUCCGAAAAUAAUUUAGACAUAUACACUGAAACGGUGACAGAGUUUAUCAGGAAGUGUAUAGGUGAUGUUGUGUCCACUGUGACUAUUAAAACCUACCCUAACCAGAAACCGUGGAUAGACGGCAGCAUUCGCGCAAAUCUGAAAGCGCGAACCACCGCAUUCAACCAUGGCAAGGUGACUGGGAAUAUGGCAGAAUACAAACAGUGUAGUUACUCACUCCGCAAGGCAAUUAAACUGGCAAAACAUCAGUAUAGAGACAAAGUGGAGUCGCAAUUCAACGGCUCAGACCCGAGACGUAUGUGGCAGGGUCUACAGACAAUCACGGACUACAAAAAGAAAACCAGCCACAUCGCCGACACCGACGUCUCGCUUCCAGACAAGCUAAACACCUUCUUCGCCCGCUUUGAGGAUAACACAGUGCCAUUGACGAGGCCCACUACCAAGGACUCCAUGGCCGACGUAAUUAAGACAUUUAAGCAUGUUAACCCCCGCAAGGCUGCCGGCCAAGACGGCAUCCCUAGCCGCGUCCUCAGAGCAUGCGCAGACCAGCUGGCUGGUGUGUUCAUGGACAUAUUCAAUCUCUCCCUUUACCAGUCUGCUGUUCCCACAUGCUUCAAGAUGGCCACCAUUGUUCCUGUACCCAAGAAAGCAAAGGUAACUGAACUAAAUGACUAUUGGCCUGUAGCACUCACCUCUGUCAUCAUGAAGUGCUUUGAGAGUCAAGGAUCAUAUCACCUCUAUCUUACUUGUCACCCUAGACCCACUUCAAUUUGCUUACUUCCCCAAUAGAUCCACAGACGAUGCAAUUGCCAUCACACUGCACACUGCCCUAUCCCAUCUGGACAAGAGGAAUACCUAUGUAAGAAUGCUGUUCAUUGACUAUAGCUCAGCAUUCAACACCAUAGUACCCUCCAAGCUCAUCAUUAAGCUCGAGGCCCUGGGUCUGAACCCCGCCCUGUGCAACUGGGUCCUGGACUUCCUGACGGGCCGCCCCCAGGUGGUGAAGGUUGGAAACAACAUCUCCACUUCGCUGAUCCUCAACACUGGGGCCCCACAAGGGUGCGUGCUCAGACCCUCCUGUACUCCCUGUUUACCCAUGACUGCGUGGCCAAGCACGCCUCCAACUCAAUCAUCAAGUUUGCAGACGACACAACAGUAGUAGGAUUGACUACCAACAAUGACGAGACCGCCUACAGGGAGGAGGUGAGGGCUCUGGGAGUGUGGUGCCAGGAAAAUAACCUCUCACUCAACAUCAACAAAACAAAGCAGAUGAUCGUGGACUUCAGGAAACAGCAGAGGGUGCACCCCCCUAUCCACAUCGACGGGACCGCAGUGGAGAAGGUGGAAAGCUUCAAGUUCCUUGGCGUACACAUCACCAACAAACUGAAAUGGUCCACCCACGCAGACAGUGUGUCCACAGGCGCAACAGAGCCUCUUCAACCUCAGGAGGCUGAAGAAAUUUGGCUUAUCACCUAAAACCCUCACAAACUUUUACAGAUGCACAAUUGAGAGCAUCCUUUCGGGCUGUAUCACCGCCUGGUACGGCAACUGCACCGCCCACAACCGCAGGGCUCUCCAGAGGGUGGUGCGGUCUGCCGAACGCAUUACCGGGGACAAACUACCCGCCCUCCAAGACACAUACAGCACCCGAUGUCACAGGAAUGCCAAAAAGAUCAUCAAGGACAUCAACCACCCGAGCCACUGCCUGUUCACCCCGCUAUCAUCCAGAAGGCGAGGUCAGUACAGGUGCAUCAAAGCUGGGACCGAGAGAAUGAAAAACAGCUUCUAUCUCAAGGCCAUCAGACUGUUAAAUAGCCAUCACUAGCACAUUAGAGGCUGCUGCUGCCUAUUGAAAUCACUGGCCACUUUAAGAAAUUGAUCACUAGUCACUUUAAUAAUGUUUACAUAUCUUGCACUAUUCAUCUCAUAUGUAUAUACUGCAUUCUAUUCUAUAAUAUUAUUCUGUAUCUUAGUCCAUGCCGCUCUGUCAUUGCUUGUCCAUAUCUGUAUAUAUUCUUAAAUCCCAUUCCUUACUUUUUUGGGUAAAUGUUAGAUAUUACUGCACUGUCGGAGCUAGAAACACAAGCAUUUCGCUAAACCCGCUCUAACAUCUGCUAAACACGUGUAUAUGACAAAUACAAUUUGAUUUGAUUUGAUUUGACAAAGUGAAAACAUGUUUUAAAAAAUUUUUUAAAAAAUGUAUUGAAAAUUAAAUACAUAAAAAUCGAAUUUACAUAAGUAUUCACACCCCUGAGUCAAUACAUGUUAGAAUCACCUUUGGCAGCGAUUACAGUGGUGAGUCUUUCUGGGUAAGUCUUUAAGAGCUUUGCACACAUGGAUUGUACAAUAUUUGCACAUAAUUUCUUGUUUAAUUCUUCAAGCUCUGUCAAGUUGGACAGCUAUUUUCAAAUCUUGCCAUAGAUUUUCAAACCGAUUUAAGUCAAAACUAACUUAUUGCAAACAGGAUGCAUGUUUUGGAAUAUAUUUAUUCUGUACAGGCUUCCUUCUUUUCACUCUUUCAUUUAGGUUAGUAUUGUGGAGUAACUACAAUGUUAUUUAUCCAUCCUCAGUUUUCUCGUAUCACAGCCAUUAAACUCUGUAACUGUUUUAAAGUCACCAUUGGCCUCAUAGUGAAAUCCCUGAGUGGUUUCCUUCCUCUCCGGCAACUGAGUUAGGAACGACACCUGUAUCUUUGUAUUGACUGAAUGUAUUGAUACACCAUCCAAAGUGUAAUUAAUAACUUCACCAUGCUCAAAGGGAUAUUCAAUGUCUGUUUAGUUUUUUUUACACAUCUACCAAUAGGUGUCCAUUCUUUGUGGGGCAUUGCUAAACCUCCUCGGUUUCUGUGUUUGAAAUUCACUGCUCGACUGAGGGACCUUAGGCUUGCCAUAACAUAGGGGUUGAAUACUUAUUGACUCAAGACAUUUCAGCUAUUAAUUUUUAUUGAUUUGUAAAAAUUUCUAAAAACAUAAUUCCACUUUGACAUUAUGGGGUAUUGUGUGUUGGCCAGUGACACAAAUCUCAAUUUAAUCAAUUUUAAAUUCACAGUGUAACACAACAAAGUGUCAAGGGAUGUGAAUACUUUCUGAAGGCACUGUACUUACAUUCAUUUUUUAAACUGGUACCUAGCUACCUUCAGACAAGUAAGUCUUGGGAGGUUUGUGGGCAUCCUAAAGCAGAAGAUGUACUGACAUGUACACUACCGUUCAAAAGUUUGGGGUCACUUAGAAAUGUCCUGGUUUUCGAAAGAUAAGCAAUUUUUUUGUCCAUUAAAAUAAUAUCAAAUUGAUCAGAAAUACAGUGUAGACAUUGUUAAUGUUGUAAAUGGCUAUUGUAGCUGGAAACGGCUGAUAUUUAAUGGAAUAUUUACAUAGGCGUACAGAGGCCCAUUAUCAGCAACCAACAGUCCUGUGUUCCAAUGGCACGUUGUGUUUGCUAAUCCAAGUUUAUCAUAUUAAAAGGCUAAUUGAUCAUUAGAAAACCCUUUUGCAAUUACGUUAACACAGCUGAAAACUGUUGUGCUGAUUAAAGAAGCAAUAAAACUGGCCUUCUUGAGAUUAGUUGAGUCCCUGGAGCAUCAGCAAUUGUGUGUUCGAUUACAGAAUCAAAAUGGCCAGAAACAAAUAACUUUCUUCUGAAACUCAUCAGUCUAUUCUUGUUCUGAGAAAUGAAGUGUCACGCUCUGGCUCCGGGACUGUGUAUUUUGAGCCAGGGUGUGUUCAUUUGGUUGUGUUUGGUAUUGGUUGUGUUGUAUUUGGUUGUGUUUCCUUGUUUGGUCGUGUGACUCCCAAUCAGUGGUAACGAGUGUCAGCUGUCGGCUCGUUAUCUCUGAUUGGGAGCCAUAUUUAAACUGUCAGUGUUCACCUUAGUGUUGUGGGUUUUUGUUCCGUAUCAGUCAUUGUAACUGAGGACUUCACGAUUCGUCAUUGUUUGUUGUUUUGUAUUGAGUACUUUAAUUUAAUAAAGUCAUGUUCGUAUCGCACGCUGCGCCUUGGUCCACUCACCUAGUAGACGUUCGUGACAUGAAGGCUAUUCCAUGCGAGAAAUUGCCAAGAAACUGAAGAUCUCGUACAACGCUGUGUACUACUCCCUUCACAGAACAGCACAAACUGGCUCUAACCAGAAUAGAAAGAGGAUUGGGAGGCCCCGGUGCACAACUGAGCAAGAGGACAAAUACAUUAGAAUGUCUAGUUUGAGAAACAGAUGCCUCACAGGUCCUCAACUGGCAGCUUCAUUAAAUAGUACCCACAAAACACCAGUCUCAACGUCAACAGUGAAGGGGCGACUCCGGGAUGCUGACCUUCUAGGCAGAGUUGCAAAGAAAAAGCCAUAUCUCAGACUGGCCAAUAAAAAGAAAAGAUUAAGAUGGGAAAAAUAACACAGACACUGGACAGAGGAAGAUUGGAAAAAAGUGUUAUGGACAGACGAAUCGAAGUUUGAGGUGUUCGGAUCACAAAGAAGAACAUUUGUGAGAUGCAGACCAAAUGAAAAUAUGCUGGAGGAGUGCUUGAUGCCAUCUGUCAAGCAUGGUGUAGGCAAUGUGAUGGUCUGGGGGUGCUUUGGUGGUGGUAAAGUGGGAGAUUUGUACAGGGUAAAAGGGAUCUUGAAGAAGGAAGGCUAUCACUCCAUUUUGUAACGCCAUGCCAUACCCUGUGGACGGCGCUUGAUUGGAGCCAAUUUCCUCCUACAACAGGGCAAUGACCCAAAGCACAGCUCCAAACUAUGCAAUAACUAUUUAGGGAAGAAGAAGUCAGCUGGUAUUUUGUCUAUAAUGGAGUAGCCAGCACAGUCACCGGAUCUCAACCGCAUUGAGCUGUUGUGGGAGCAGCUUGACCGUUUGGUAUGUAAGAAGUGCCCAUCAAGCCAAUCCAACUUGUGGGAGGUGGUUCAGGAAGCAUGGGGUGAAAUCUCUUCAGAUUACCUCAACAAAUUGACAACUAGAAUGCCAAAGGUCUGCAAGGCUGUAAUUGCUGCAAGUGGAGGAUUCUUUGACGAAAGCAAAGUUUGAAGGACACAAUUAUUAUUUAUAUUAAAAAUCAUUAUUUCUAACCUUGUCAAUGACUACAUUUCCUAUGUAUUUUGCUAUAUUUCCUAUUCAAACUCAUUUCAUGUAUGUUUUCAUGGAAAACAAGGACAUUUCUAAGUGACCCCAAACUUUUGAACGGUAGUGUACGUGUUCGUGAGAGUUACCUUUCCAUUGAAGGAUCAUAUUAGUGUUUUUUAGCCCAAACUGUUUGGAUGCUACAGACAGAAAUUGGCAGAUCGGCGGUACCGACUUCAGACGAGUCCUGUGACGCUUGUGAGAGUCGUAGAGCAAAACGGUGAACAUCAUUGUGUUCGUGAGUGUCUCAUCUUUCGUCCGAUCAUAGAGUGGUCAUUAUUAUUAGUUUCUAGGUCAAACCGUUCGGACGCUACAGACGUUUUAGUGAGAAGACCGAUUUUCGGGAUGUCUCAUGGUCUCAUGACAAACACCGCUGUAGCUCAGCCACCUUCCACCACAGAUGCGGAAGGCUGCCAAUUGCUGGAGGCGGUGGAUUGAUCAGACGUUUAUUUAUUUAUUAUUAUUAUGCUAAUUUGAUUUCCGCUAAUUUGAUUUUCCUGGUACAGACAUCAACUCAAGGGGGUUAUUAACUGGACGUCAGUAGGAUGAUAGGAGAUGGGUAUCUAUUGGUUCUAUCUAGGCCUAUAUCUAAUGCCUUUUAUGUUAUAUUACAUUUGCAGGUGUCUACACCAUGUCUGUAAAGCACAGAUCCAUCAAGCACUAUAAAAUCUAUCGCCUGGAGAACAGCUGGUACUAUAUCUCUCCUCGUCUGACUUUCCAGUGCCUGGAAGAGAUGGUCAACCACUACUCUGGUGAGUCCAUGACAGAGACAGACACACACACUAAAACUAAGCUGAAGAGAUGGUCAACCACUACUCUGUGGGGUCCAACACAGAGACAGACACACACUGAAAAUAACCUGAAGGUAUGGUCAACCCCUUCUCUAGUGAUUCCAACAACGAGACAGACACACACACUGAAAAUAACCUCAAGCAUUUUUAAAUAGCUUUGUUCUUAUCAGAUUCUAGCCAUCUUUCCACUGUGCGUUGCCUAGCUCUGAGAGUACAUACACUAAGAACAAAACAGGAAGUAAUGGUGUUGUUGAUGAUGACCAUUUGAACAUAUUUGUGCUGAGACUAGGUCUUUCAUAUCGACUGUCACAUUAAUGUUUUAUUUUGAUUUAUUUUCUCAAACAAUAACAACCAUACAAAACAAAAGACAAUAAACAAACACACACACAUUUCUCACAAUCACACUCCCCCUCAUCCUUCAACUUUCCUGUACUUGUAGCACUCUAUGCCAUAUGGCCUCAAAUUGCACUGUUUUAUUUUUUACCUUUUCAAUAUUUCAAUAUUAAUACAUUUGAUUCAUCCACUGUCGUAGUGAUGGAGGAUCAUUCCAUUUCCAGUUUUUGAGUAGAAUGUUUUUCAAAAUCAUUGACGAGUAAAGCAUGGUCCAGCCCAUUGCUUAUCUCACUACACCCCAAUAUGCCAUGUCUUGAAAUAUGCAGAUAGACGGAUUAAAAAUAAGUUUACAUUGUAAUACGUCUUCCAGACUUUAUAGCAUUCCCAGAAAGCAUGGAUUAUUGAGUCAUUAUUCGUUUUACACUUAAGACAUGACUCUGCCAAUGUGCUGCAGAAUUUGUUUGUUUUGCAUUUUGUAUAAUACAUUCUAUACAUUCGUUUAUACUGGAUUAAGAGUACAUUUUCAUUAACUGUAAUUUCGUUAGUUAUGUUCCAACACUCCCUCCAUCUUGUGCCUAUAUCCGUUAUUUUAAAGAUUUUUUUCCAAGAAAUUGUCAGUUAGAUAGGUAAUAUAUACAAAACCUUGCAGAAAGCCUAUCAUAUAAGGAUCCUUUUCUGAGUCAAAUAGGAUUCCCUCAACAUUGCUCUGAUGUCCAAAGAUUUCAGGUCGAAAAAUCAUGACAUAAACUUUUUUGAAAAUGUCUACGUAUUUGAAAAUGUCUACAUUGGUCAAUCCGAAAUGGAAUAAAUAAAAAUCCUAUUACCAAGUCAUUUACGGUUUCUAUGCCUUUAGUUUUCCACUUUUCUGAUUUAUUAGUGAUAUCCAAGGAUUGUUUUCAGGGAGUGAUAUUGGUUCUUGUAGAAUUGUUUCAUUUUCUCCCAUAUUGUUAUAGUGUUCUUAACUACGAAGUUGUUAAUGUUCUUAGCUUUAUACUUUAUAAAUAGACUCAUAAAAAUAUUCUGAGGAUGAGCAUGCACAUCUUCAAUAUGUACCCAUUGUUCCUCUUUAGUCCAUUUAACAAUAUGUUUCAAGUAAAAGCUGUUACAGGGUUGGGUCGUAUUUCACGAGGGCGAUGGCUUUUCUUGUCCCAGCCGGAGACGCUGGCCAUGAGGGACGACCCCAUUGUCCCCAAUGCCCUGAUGGCUGCCCCAGUUUAAUGGAGAAUUGAUAGGCUGGUCAGAGCAGCGCUACGGCGGGAGCCCGAUCCGGGCGGAGGUCCAUCGGGGAGGAUGUGCGUACCCAAGACUGCGUGUUCGCGACUGCUUCAGUGAGCGCAUGCGUCUGACCUCACCAGCCAUCCGGAAAGCACCAGGAUUUUGGAGUUCCUGCGUAGGAGGUUCUGGUGGCCAUCUGCUGAGGGGGAUACGCACGCCUUCGUGGCUGCUUGCCCAGUGUGCGCACGCACGAAGAGCUCACGUCAUCCCACGGCAGGGCUGCUCCAACCCCAGCCUAUCCCCAAGCGCCCCUAUUCCCUGAGCAAGAGAAGGAGGUGGCGGUCCCGUCGGGCCAUUGCGUGGUCCGGCAAGUCAAUCCAGUGACCUACCGCCUGCAACUUCCGUCGCCACCUGUCCCCUGGCUCCCCCUCCUCGUCCUGUUACCCCGCUGUGCCUCGUCGGAGGGCAGCCAGCUUUUACGGUGGACAGGAUCCUGGACUGCCGGCGGGUGGGGAGGGGUCUCCUAUUUCUGGUGGACUGGGAGGGUUAUGGGCCAGUGGAGCAGUCCGGGGUGCCCAGGAGGGAUCGCCGUGCAGAGCCAGGUGGGCACCUGCCCAGCCCCGGCAGCCGGCGGAGCGGAAGCCGCGGCAGCGGCAUCUUCAGUCUCGCCUGCGACAUCACAGGAACCCCGACUACCACCUCCGGAGAGGUACAACGGAUGUCCAGAGGGCUGCAGGGAAUUCCUCACCCAGUGUUCCCUGAUGUUCAGCCUGCAACCCUCCUCCUUCCCAACGGAGCAGGUCCGGGUGGCCUACAUUAUCACUCUGUUGACAGGUCGGACCCUUUCCUGUGUGAUUGUGUUUUCCAGUCAGAGUUAGUAUUUCGUAUUGUUUGUUGUCAGCCUGUUUUUUGGAGACAUUUACAUUUUAGUCAUUUAGCAGUCGCUCUUAUCCAGAGCGAUUUACAGUUAGUGAGUGCAUACAUUAUUUUUUAUUAGAUUUUUCAUACUGAAACCCGGUGGGAAACGAACCCACAACCCAUGCUCUACCAACUGAGCUACAUGCCUGCCGGCCAUUCCCUCCCCUACCCUGGACGACGGAGAACAAGUAUUUGGGGAGAACAAGUAUUUGAUACACUGCCGAUUUUGCAGGUUUUCCUACUUACAAAGCAUGUAGUGGUCUGUAAUUUGUAUCAUAGGUACACUUCAACUGUGAGAGACGGAAUCUAAAACAAAAAUCCAGAAAAUCACAUUGUAUGAUUUUUAAGUAAUUAAUUUGCAUUUUAUUGCAUGACAUACGUAUUUGAUACAUCAGAAAAGCAGAACUUAAUAUUUGGUACAGAAACCUUAGUUUGCAAUUACAGAGAUCAUACGUUUCCUGUAGGUCUUGACCAGGUUUGCACACACUGCAGCAGGGAUUUUAGCCCACUCCUCCAUACAGACCUUCUCCAGAUCCUUCAGGUUUUGGGGCUGUCGCUGGGCAAUACGGACUUUCAGCUCCCUCCAAAGAUUUUCUAUUGGGUUCAGGUCUGGAGACUGGCUAGGCCACUCCAGGACCUUGAGAUGCUUCUUACGGAGCCACUCCUUAGUUGCCCUGGCUGUGUGUUUUGGGUCGUUGUAAUGCUGGAAGACCCAGCCACGACCCAUCUUCAAUGCUCUUACUGAGGGAAGGAGGUUGUUGGCCAAGAUCUCGCGAUACAUGGCCCCAUCCAUCCUCCCCUCAAUACGGUGCAGUCGUCCUGUCUCCUUUGCAGAAAAGCAUCCCCAAAGAAUGAUGUUUCCGCCUCCAUGCUUCAUGGUUGGGAUGGUGUUCUUGGGGUUGUACUCAUCCUUCUUCUUCCUCCAAACACGGCGAGUGGAGUUUAGACCAAAAAGCUCUAUUUUUUUCUCAUAAGACCACAUGACCUUCUCCCAUUCCUCCUCUGGAUCAUCCAGAUGGUCAUUGGCAAACUUCAGACGGGCCUGGACAUGCACUGGCUUGAGCAGGGGGACCUUGCGUGCGCUGCAGGAUUUUAAUCCAUGACGGCGUAGUGUGUUACUAAUGGUUUUCUUUGAGACUGUGGUCCCAGCUCUCUUCAGGUCAUUGACCAGGUCCUGCCGUGUAGUUCUGGGCUGAUCCCUCAUCUUCCUCAUGAUCAUUGAUGCCCCACGAGGUGAGAUCUUGCAUGGAGCCCCAGACCGAGGGUGAUUGACCGUCAUCUUGAACUUCUUCCAUUUUCUAAUAAUUGCGCCAACAGUUGUUGCCUUCUCACCAAGCUGCUUGCCUAUUGUCCUGUAGCCCAUCCCAGCCUUGUGCAGGUCUACAAUUUUAGCCCUGAUGUCCUUACACAGCUCUCUGGUAUUGGCCAUUGUGGAGAGGUUGGAGUCUGUUUGAUUGAGUGUGUGGACAGGUGUCUUUUAUACAGGUAACGAGUUCAAACAGGUGCAGUUAAUACAGGUAAUGAGUGGAGAACAGGAGGGCUUCUUAAAGAAAAACUAACAGGUCUGUGAGAGACGGAAUUCUUACUGUUUGGUAGGUGAUCAAAUACUUAUGUCAUGCAAUAAAAUGCAAAUUAAUUACUUAAAAAUCAUACAAUGUGUUUUUCUGGAUUUUUGUUUUAGAUUCCGUCUCUCACAGUUGACGUGUACCUAUGAUAAAAAUUACAGACCUCUACAUGCUUUGUAAGUAGUGAAACCUGCAAAAUCGGCAGUGUAUCAAAUACUUGUUCUCCCCACUGUAUGUGCUCCUCAUUUGUUUUCAUGUUUUAGUCCGUUGUUUUGUAUCCUGGCUUUUGGACCACCAGUAAAGAUCCUUCUUUCACCAUCCUUGCCUACUGCCUACUGUCUAUCCUGCACCGCACCUGGGUCACACCUCACACCAACCCUUACAAAGAGUUGAUACAAUUCCAAGUCUGAAAGGUUAAAAGCAGCCUUAGACUUAGAAAGAUGUAAAACUUUCCUUUUUAUUCUAUGAGUUUAAUUUGCCCAUAUAAAGUAUAUUAUGGUACUGUGCUGAGUAUACUUGUUUUAAAGAAUGUCUUCGGUGGGGUAAUUGGUAUUACCGAUAAUAAAUAUUGAGUUUUCAAUAUUGGUCAGGUACAAUUGAAGUCGGAAGUUUACAUACACUUAGGUUGGAGUCAUUAAAACUCCUUUUUCAACCAAUCCACACAUUUCUUGUUAACAAACUAUAGUUUUGGCAAGUCGGUUAGGACAUCUACUUUGUGCAUGACACAAGUAAUUUUUCCAACAAUUGUUUACAGACAGAUUAUUUCACUUAUAAUUCACUGUAUCACAAUUCCAGUGGGUCAGAAGUUUACAUACACUAAGUUGACUGUGCCUUUAAAAAGAUUGGAAAAUUCCAGAAAGUUAUGUCAUGGCUUUAGAAGCUUCUGAUAGGCUAAUUGACAUAAUUUGAGUCAAUUGGAGGUGUACCUGUGGAUGUAUUUCAAGGCCUAUCUUCAAACUCAGUGCCUCUUUGCUUGACAUCAUGGGAAAAUCAAAAGAAAUCAGCCAAGAAAUGUAGACCUCCACAAGUCUGGUUCAUCCUUGGGAGCAAUUUCCAAACACCUGAAGGUACCACGUUCACCUGUACAAACAAUAGUAAGCAAGUAUAAACACCAUGGGACCACGCAGCCGUCAUACCGCUCAGGAAGGAGACGCGUUCUGUCUCCUAGAGAUGAACGUACUUUGGUGCGAAAAGUGCAAAUCAAUCCCAGAAAAGCAGCAAAGGACCUUGUGAAGAUGCUGGAGGAAACAGGUACAAAAGUAUCUACAUCCACAGUAAAACGAGUCCUAUAUCGACAUAACCUGAAAGGCCGCUCAGCAAGGAAGAAUCCACUGCUCCAAAACCGCCAUAAAAAAGACAGACUACGGUUUGCAACUGCACAUGGCGACAAAGAUCAUACUUUUUGGAGAAAUGUCCUCUGCUCUGAUGAAACAAAAAUAGAACUGUUUGGCCAAAAUGACCAUCGUGUUGUUUGGAGGAAAAAAUGCUUGCAAGCCGAAGAAUGCCAACCUAACCGUGAAGCACGGGGGUAGCAGCAUCAUGUUGUGGGGGUGCUUUGCUGCAGGUGGGACUGGUGCACUUCACAAAAUAGAUGGCAUCAUGAGGAAGGAAAAUUAUGUGGAUAUAUUGAAGCAACAUCUCAAGACAUCAGUCAGGAAGUUAAAGCUUGGUCGGAAAUGGGUCUUCCAAAUGGACAAUGACCCAAAGCAUACUUCCAAAGUUGUGGCAAAAUGGCUUAAGGACAACAAAGUCAAGGUAUUGGAGUGGCCAUCACAAAGUCCUGACCUCAAUUCUAUAGAACAUUUGUGGGCAGAACUGAGAAAGCGUGUGUGAGCAAGAGGCCUACAAAUCUGACUCAGUUACACCAGCUCUGUCAGGAGGAAUGGGCUUGUGGAAGGCUACCCGAAAUGUUUGACCUAAGUUAAACAAUUUAAAGGCAAUGCUAGCAAAUACUAAUUGAGCGUAUGUAAACUUCUGACCCACUGGGAAUGUGAUGAAAGAAAUAAAAGCUGAAAUAAAUAAUUAUCUCUACUAUUAUUCUGACAUGUCACAUUCUUAAAUAAAGUGGUGAUCCUAACUGACCUAAGACAGGGCAUUUUUACUAGGAUUAAAUGUCAGGAAUUGUGACAAACUGAAUUUAAAUGUAUUUGGCUAAGGUGUAUGUAAACUUCCGACUUCAACUGUAUAUCAGGAGACGGUCAGCAAAUACGUUUAGUUUAUAUUCAUGUUUAUCAAUACUGAUACCUGUUACAUUUGGGUCCUGUCUAAUUCUUUCUGCAAGUGGUUCAAUUGCCAGAACAUGUAAGAACAUGUAGGCUGAGCAAACAUUUAACAGAGGAUACACAAAAAACAUAAAGCAAGUACUUCCUUGUACUUUGAGGCGCUAUGCCUUUUUAGUGCUUUUAAGUGGCAGUCUUUCUCCAAUGUAUGUACAAUGACAUAAUCCACAGAUUUUUGGUACAUUAGGGGAGGAGUAGGAGCCUAACCUAGAGUCGAUUUCCGCGGCAUAAUAACAAAAUCCCCAUACAAAUUCAUCAAUUUAUGCUAGAGAUAUCCGUUUGUUUGCAUUGGAUGUGUGUCAAUCCACCGCAUCCGCCGAUAUAUUUUUUUAAUAAUGUUUUUAUUUCUGGGGGUAGAUCAGCUUAAUAUUGCAGAUAGAUUGUAACUUCUAUCAAUGUAAUUGUCUUAGGGUAAAUUAGUGAACAACAAUGCCCAGGCCUCUACUUCCAGCCAAUACUUACUAUCUACAGAGCUAGAGCGAUGUUUGUCAGACCAUGAGACACUAAUAUGACCCCUCUGUGGAAAGGUGAGACUCCCACGAACUCGCACAUGUCGACUGUGCGCUCUAGGAUGCCACAGGCCUUACAAGACUCGUCUGAAGGUCCCCCGAUACCAGUUUAAAGAAUGAAUGGUCCAUCUUCAAUUUCUCAGAGAUAAUUUCCCUCACUUUGUCCUCAGACUCUGUCCAGGUCUCGUGGAGAUUCUGCAAUUCCGUCCACAACCAUGUUGUUACGCCUUGAUUGUCCCUCGAGAUCGUCUUAUUUAUCUGUCAUUGUUAUCAAUGAUUCACAGACAGAACUGAUGUCCUCUCUCAAUUACUUACAGAUUACUGUAAUCUUGCCGUUCUCCUGUUUCAACUCAUCGAUCUGACCCUGGAAGAACUGCAAACUGUUCUUUAUGUCCUGGACCUCUCUGGUCAGGUCGUACAUUCUUUUAUUAGUCGAAUCCACCAGUAUUUGGACAAAGCACUUGAAGCUAUUUUAUUGUUAUUGUAACAACUGCUUGUAGAACUCUUUUUGUUUGUUUAAAAGAUCCUUCACGUGUGAUAGAGAGACACCACUGUACUCGACAAUAGUACUCCCGCCGGCUUUGGUCUUUGUCAUGGUAGCUAGCAAUGUAGGUUACGCUGUUACUCCUCGCAGUUCCAGACAGGGCAGGUCACAGCGAAGAUUGAAAACAACAAACAGCAGGGAUCAAGACAUCCACAAACCCGGGACAAUCCGCGGGCCCAGCCACAAUGGCUAACCACGUCACAGGCUGCAUUCAAGCCCUCAAGAAAACCCAGCUAGCUUGAUAUGCUGCUAGCUAGCAGCUAGGCUAGCUGCAACGCCAAAUAGCUCCUCAGACUCGUCCUUGGUCGGCAGGAUCACUGGACAGAGACUAGCAAUCCCAGCAACUGAUGCCAACUGUGUCGCGGGAUCCAAACUAAAAAGUUAGCUAGCUACAAAUAACUUCCCAAUACACUUUCAAAACAACAAACUUUUCAAAACAACAAAUCCAAGCUCUUCCUCGUUGUGUUGUGACAAGGUAGGAUUGGUAUACAUAAGAUAGCCCUAUUUGGUAAAAGACCAAGUCCAUAUUAUGGCAAGAACAGCUCAAAUAAGCAAAGAGAAAAGACAGUCCAUCAUUACUUUAAGACAUGAAGGUCAGUCAAUAUGGAACAUUUCAAGAACUUUGAAAGUUUCUUAAUGUGCAGUCGCAAAAACCAUCAAGCGUCAUGAUGAAACUGGCUCGCAUGAGAUACCACCACAGGGAAGGAAGACUAUAUUAUAAGACCCAGAGUUACCUCUGCUGCAGAGGAUAAGUUAAUUAGACUUAACUGCACCUCAGAUUGCAUCCCAAAUAAAUGCUUCACAGAGUUCAAGUAACAGAUACAUCUCAACAUCAACUGUUCAGAGGAGACUGUGUGAAUCAGGCCUUCAUGGUCGAAUUGAUGCAAAGAAACCACUUCCAAAGGACACCAAUAAUAAGAAGAGACCUGCUUGGGCCAAGAAACACGAGGAUUGGACAUUAGACCGGUGGAAAUCUGUCCUUUGGUCUGAUGAGUCCAAAUUUGAGAUUUUUGGUUCCAAUCCCCAUGUCUUUGUGGGACGCAGAGUAGGUGAAGGAUUAUCUCCGCAUGUGUGGUUCCCACCGUGAAGUAUGGAAGAGGAGGUGUGAUGGUGUGGGGGUGCUUUGCUGGUGACACUGUCUGUGAUUUAUUUAGAAUUCAAGGCACACUUAACCAGCAUGGCUACCACAGCAUUCUGCAGCGAUACGCCAUCCCAUCUGAUUUGUGCUUAGUGGGACUAUCAUUUGUUUUUCAACAGUUACUAAAGUUUGUUACUUUGUUUCCAGAAGGCUAAUUUUGUUGUCUUGUUUGUUCUUGCGCAUGCCUCAUAUGUGCAUGUCUGACGAUAGACUCUACUUUCUUUUCAACAAAUCUACUUUCUUAACAACAGAUUGUAGCAGUUUGUUUGUUCCGGUGUGCAUUGAGAGCAUUUUAGCUAUCUUUUCCUGGAUAUCCUUUAGCUAUUCAUUACUCUCGUUUGCAUCUCCAAGUUGCUCCUUGUCUUUUGCUCUGGGGGAAGCCAUGGCUUGUUGGAUUUGUGUCGCUGCGCCACUUUACCAACUGAUUAGUUCGGAGAUAGAUAGGAGGGGUGGAGCGGAGUUGAAGGGUGGAACUAAAAAUAACAAAAACAAGAUAACUAAUGUAAAAUAUACUGUGUCCGUAAAAUGUAUAUAGGUUCAGAACAUUUGUGAAACAUCACAGCACAGUUGAAAAAUAUAUGGCAAAUAGAAAUGGUCUUCAGAGAUAGAUGGGAGGGGUUGAGGGUAGCUGAAGGAUGGGACUAAAAACAAACUAAUGUACAAUAUUCUGUGUCCGUAAAAUGUAUAUAGUAUGUAUAAACUGGAAGUAGAAGCCUAAGUGUUGUUGUCCAUUAGUUUACUCCAAUUAGUGGAGGAGUGGUAGAGUUAGGGGAAAAUAAUAAAUAAAAAUAAUGAUUGGUUUGCUGUUGUUCCUAACUAACUCGCUCUCUCCCAGUUGCUUGGGGAUAUAUUGAUCUAUCGAUUUUAGAGGCUUAAUUUAAACUUUGUUGGCUGUCUUUUACAUAUACAGUGCUAUGAAAAAGUAUUUGCCCCCUUUCUAAUUUUCUCUACUUUUGCAUAUUUAUGAUAUUGAAUGUUAUCAGAUCUUCAACCAAAACCUAAUAUUAGAUAAAGGGAACAUAAGUGGACAAAUAACACAACAAUUACAUAUUUAUUUCAUUUAUUUCAUAAACAAAGUUAUGCAACACCCAAUUCCCCUGUGUGAAAAAGUAAUUGCCCCCUUACACUCAAUAACUGGUUGUGCCACCUUUAGCUGCAAUGACUCCAACCAAAUGCUUCCUGUAGUUGUUGAUCAGUCUCUCACGUCGCUGUGGAGGAAUUUUGGCCCACUCUUCCAUGCAGAAGUGCUUUAACUCAGUGACGUGUGGGUUUUCAAGCAUGAACUGCUCGUUUCAAGUCCUACCACAACAUCUCAAUUGGGAUUAGGUCUGGACUUUGACUAGGCCAUUCCAAAACUUCCAAUUUGUUGGUUUUAGCAAUUUUCAUGUAGAUUGUGUGUUUUGGAUCAUUGUCUUGCUGCAUGACCCAGCUGCGCUUCAGCUUCAGCUCACAGACGGCUGGUCUGACAUUCUCCUGUAGAAUUCUCUGAUACAGAGCAGAAUUAAUGGUUCCUUCUAUUAAGGCAAGAGGUCCAGGUCCUGAGGCAGCAAAGUAUCCCCAAACCAUCACACCACCACCACCAUGCUUGACCUUUGGUAUGAUGUUCUUACUGUGGAAUGCAGAGUUUGGUUUUUGCCAGGCAUUACUGGAACCAUGUUGUCCAAAAAGUUAUACUUUUGAAUCAUCUGUCCAUAGAACGUUCUUCCAAGAGUCUUGAUGAUCAUCCAGGUGCUUUUUGGCAAACUUGAGUCAACUUUUUGGACGAGAUGGGUCCCAUUGAUUCACACAGUCUCCUCUGAACAGUUGAUGUUGAGAUGUGUCUGUGACUUGAACUCUGUGAAGCAUUUAUUUGGGCUGCAAUUUCUGAUAACUCCAAUGAAUUUAUCCUCUGCAGCAGAGGUAACUGGGUCUUCCAUUCCUGUGGCGGUCCUCAUGAGAGCCAGUUUCAUCAUAGCACUUGAUGGUUUUUGGUACUGCACUUGAAAAAACGUUCAAAGUUCUUGAAAUGUUCCGAUUGACUGACCUUCAUGUCUUAAAGUAAUGAUGGACUGUCAUUUCUCUUUGCUUAUUUGAGCUGUUCUUGACAUAAUAUGGACUUGGUCUUUUACCAAAUAGGGCUAUCUUCUGUAUACCUCCCUAUACAUUGUCACAACACAACUGAUUGGCUCAAACACAUUUAGAAGGAGAGAAAUUCCACAAAUUAACUUUUAAGAAGGCACACCUGUUAAUUUAAAUGCAUUCCAGGUGACUACCUCAUACAGCUGGUUUAGAGAAUGCCAAGAGUGUGCAAAGCUGUCAUCAAGGCAAAGGGUGGCUAUUUGAAGAAUCUCAAAUAUAAAAUAUAUUUUGAUUUGUUUAACACUUUUUGGUUACUACAUGAUUCCAUAUGUGUUAUUUCAUAGUUUUGAUGUCUUCACUAUUAUUCUACAAUGUAAAAAAAAGUCAAAAUAAAGAAAAACCUUUGAAUGAGUAGGUGUGUCCAAACUUUUGACUGGUAGUGUAUGUGCAUUUGUAUAUGUCUGUGUCUAACACAGUCCUUUUCUGAUCUGUAGACUCUGCAGAUGGACUGUGUUGUGUUCUCACUGGCCCGUGUCUGUCUGGGACUUUCAGCCCCCUCGACAUCCCCUCUCAGCCACCCCCUGUAGUGAUGCGACACAACAACUUUGACUGGAAGAAAGUAGACAGGUACAGACCCAUUCGUUGUAGCUUUCUUAUCUCUGCAAUCAAAUUGUAGUCCUGCUUUUUGGCCAAUGGAAAACUUGGCUUGUGGGAAAACUGGGAAGAUGUGACUCUGCAUCCUGAAUCCUGAUGAUUGGCUCAAACAUGUUCUAAUCACCCCUGUCUCUAUAUUUAUGAACCAAUCAACAGGAAAGAUCUGAUCAGCGCAGGGGCUGCCCAGGGACAGCAGAACAGGGAUGCCAUGGUGAGUUACGGUGUCAGAAACAGCAUGGCCUCUUACCUCUCUCUGGCCGGGGAUCAGGACCCAGGACAGCAGAAGAAGAACCGUAAGCAGAAGAGCAAAUCUGUCUGCGUGAUACCCGACCACAGCCUCAGCCAUUUGCACCUGGAUGAGGACUAUGAGACGUAG